CACUCGCUCCAAUCACAUAGCGAGAGAGUCGUUGCUAAGGAAGUGAUUCUCCUGACUACCAGGAGAGUAAAUAAUGAGUGUUUGUAAUCUACAAGAUUAGCCCAUUUCUUUUAAAUCAGGUCCAUUUUCGCAUCAGUUUGCUUGUUAAUGAACGGACUUGGAGCGAAGCACAUCGUAUGGCAGAGCUGCAUAUAAUCGGCCAGAUCAUUGGGGCCAGUGGUUUCCCUCAGAGCAGCCUGUUCUGCAAGUGGGGCAUUCACACAGGAGGAGCAUGGAGACUUCUGUCUGGUCUAAAGGAGGGACAGACACAAGUGGACAUACCCCAGAUAGGUGAAAUGGCUUACUGGAGUCAUCCUAUCGAUUUACAUUACUCCACUAAAGGCCUUCAAGGUUGGCCAAAGCUGCAUGUACAGGUCUGGCACCAGGACUCUUUUGGCAGGUGUCAGCUGUACGGUUACGGCUACUGCCAUGUGCCCUCCAGUCCCGGACAGCACCGGCUGCAGUGUGUGACAUGGAGGCCAGUGGGAACCUGGCAGGAACAGCUGGCCCAGAUGUUUGUUGGCGGAGGCCCUCAGCUUCGCUCUCCUGACCUCAUUUACAGUGGAGCAGACAGAUACAGGCUUCAUACAGAGGCUAUGGGCACAGUAGAACUGGAGCUGUGCGUCAUUCUGCGGCAUUUUGAGCGAUAUGGCGUAGAGAGCUGAGAGACUUGAGGCUGUGAUAUGCAGAUAGCAACAUCUAAUGAGAGGUAUUCAAAUCAACUUCAUUAGCUAAUCUACCGGGGAAAUAAAAGCUACUUCUGAAAAGAUCAUCUGUCAUCCAUGAACACUAAUUUAUCCACAUUGUAAAACACUUUCUACUGACAGCUGGCCACACCUUGCCAGAUGUGCAGUGCAGCAGGCAGUGCGAUUUGGAACGAUUAGUGUGUGCUAUAGUUCUAUCAUGGCGGUGUAUCGGGUCACUGUGAAGUGCAUUACUUUUAAAUAUAGCUACAUAUUAAAUGAAAUUUUGUGUUUUGUGCAAGUCUAUGAACUACUAUACCCAGUUAGUAUAAACAUUUUGUGAAAAGUAAGGAAUAUUAUUUUUCUUUUCUGUCUGCAUGGCAACUACAAACAAAAACGAAUAGCCCGGAUAUGAAACAUGCUUGUCCUAGGCAUCUGGGCUACUAUUUUGUCCACUCUUGCAUUUUAUUUACACUUAUAUUGGAGUUACUUGUAGUGAAUUUGUGACAUUUUUUGUAUUCAGAGAGGAUAACAAGGUGUCAGCUGACCUCUGUGAGACAUCUAUGGAUGCAGUGAUAAUUAAUAUGACCUGUUUGUUUUUAAAAAAAUCAAUUUUGUACUAAUUUUGUACACAAUUUUAAUGUAUUUUCUGUUGAACUAAUUAAAUGUUUGAUUGCUUAAUCCUUA